CGGCUGUGUGCGAAGCUGAAGCUGAAGCUGAACCGACCGCCAUGAGGCCGUCACCGAGAAGAAUGCGUCCUCUCCUUGCGGCAAUUUUGACCACUUUUUUUCACCUUGUACGCGGCACUGGCGAGAAAAUACCUCUCGGGGCAAUUUUUGAGCAGGGCACCGACGAAGUCCAAACAGCCUUCAAAUUCGCCAUGGUCAACCAUAAUCAAAACGUGACGAGUAGGCGGUUCGAGCUACAAGCCUACGUCGAUGUCAUCAACACUGCAGAUGCGUUCAAGCUGUCUAGACUAAUUUGUAAUCAAUUCUCCCGAGGGGUGUACUCCAUGUUGGGGGCAGUCUCCCCUGACUCCUUCGACACUCUCCAUUCCUACUCCAACACUUUCCAAAUGCCGUUCGUGACUCCCUGGUUUCCGGAAAAGGUCCUGGCACCGUCUUCCGGUUUCAUGGACUACGCGGUGUCUAUGCGACCGGAAUAUCACCAGGCGAUCAUAGAUACCGUCAGAUACUACGGCUGGACCCGGAUAAUUUAUCUCUACGACUCCAACGAUGGUUUAUUGCGCCUGCAGCAGAUCUACCAAGGCCUGAUACCGGGCAAUGAGAGCUUCCAGGUGUCGACUGUUCGCCGUAUAGGCAACGUCACGGAGGCUAUGCAAUUCCUUAGGGGAUUGGAGGAACAGUCUCGCUGGGAGCACAAAUACGUGGUGUUGGAUUGCUCCGCAGAUAUGGCCAAGGAGAUCGUGGUUAGCCACGUGAGGGACAUAGCGCUGGGCCGCCGCACCUAUCACUACCUGCUUUCCGGUUUGGUAAUGGAUGACCGAUGGGAGAGCGAGGUAAUCGAAUACGGGGCCAUCAACAUCACCGGCUUCCGCAUUGUAGACGAGUCCAAGAAGCAUGUCAAGGACUUCCUGGAAAACUGGAAACGCCUGGAGUCCCCCACUCAGGGGGGCAAAGAGACCAUCUCCGCGCAGGCAGCCCUCAUGUACGACGCUGUAUUCGUAUUGGUGGAAGCUUUUAACAAACUUUUGAGGAAGAAACCCGACGUCUUCAGGAACAACAUGAGGCGCGGGCAAAUCUACAACAACGGUAGCAAAGGACUCGAUUGCAACGCCAGUGGUGGAUGGGUCGCCCCCUGGGAGCAUGGAGAUAAAAUUUCCAGAUUGCUGAGAAAGGUUGAAAUCGAAGGUUUGACAGGCGAGAUCCGAUUCAGCGAGGAAGGUAGACGUCAAAAUUACACUCUACACGUGGUGGAAAUGACAGUUAACAGCGCCAUGGUGAAAGUUGCAGAAUGGAGCGACGAAACUGGUUUCACUCCAGUGGCAGCUAAAUAUACAAGGCUAAAGCCUAUCGCUCAGAUUGAAAGGAAUAAGACCUAUAUAGUCACCACUAUAGUGGAAGAGCCAUAUAUAAUGCUAAGGACCCCUGAACAAGGUGAAAUUUUGACUGGUAAUGACCGAUUUGAAGGUUACUGUAAAGAUUUGGCCAUCUUGAUAUCGAAAAAACUUGGAAUAAACUUUGAACUGAGGGUGGUAAAAGAUGGAAAUUAUGGUGCUGAAAAUCAUGAUACUAAAGGCGGAUGGGAUGGAAUGGUGGGGGAACUAGUCAGAAAUGAAGCCGAUAUGGCCAUUGCCCCGAUGACAAUAACAUCAGAAAGGGAACGUGUCAUCGACUUUACGAAGCCUUUCAUGUCUUUAGGAAUCUCGAUAAUGAUCAAGAAACCUAUGAAACAGAAGCCGAGCGUGUUCAGCUUCCUGAAUCCUUUAUCCAAAGAGAUCUGGGUGUGCGUGAUAUUCAGCUUCAUAGGAGUCAGCAUUGUUUUGUUCACGGUGUCUAGAUUUUCGCCGUAUGAAUGGAGGUUGCUGCAUUUGACUGGGGAACAUAGGGACCCAGGAAACCAGCACACAAAUCAUGGAGGUACAAUGGCAAACGACUUCACAAUGUUGAACUCUCUCUGGUUUUCUUUGGGAGCAUUCAUGCAACAGGGUUGCGAUAUUUCGCCCAGGUCCAUUUCGGGAAGAAUUGUGGGGGCUGUUUGGUGGUUUUUCACCUUAAUACUUAUUUCGAGCUAUACUGCAAAUUUGGCGGCAUUCUUGACUGUCGAAAGAAUGGUUGCUCCCAUCAACUCACCUGAGGAUUUGGCUUCGCAGACUGAGGUGGAGUAUGGGACUUUAGUUAAUGGUGCUACAUGGGACUUUUUCAGGAGAUCACAAAUAACCCUCUACUCAAAAAUGUGGGAAUACAUGAACUCCCGAAAGCAAGUUUUCGUCAAAUCCUACGACGAAGGGAUACGAAGGGUUCGGCAGUCGAAAGGAAAGUACGCAUUACUAAUAGAAUCACCUAAAAACGAUUAUACAAAUGAAAGGGAACCUUGCGAUACCAUGAAGGUUGGAAGAAAUUUGGAUGCCAAGGGUUUUGGAGUCGCCACACCUUUAGGAUCACCCCUAAGGGACGCAGUUAAUUUGGCUGUUUUGGGCCUAAAAGAGGACGGAGAAUUGACGAAGUUGAUGAACAAAUGGUGGUACGAUCGCACAGAAUGUGUACAUGAAAAACAGGAUGCGUCUAGGAACGAGCUGUCCCUAAGCAACGUUGCAGGAAUAUUUUACAUUCUGAUUGGUGGGUUGUUGAUCGCGUUGGCGGUGGCUCUCAUCGAGUUCUGCUACAAAUCGCAUACGGAAGCGACAAGAGCUAAAAUUCCUCUCAGCGAUGCAAUGAAGGCUAAGGCGCGCCUGACAAUUGGCGUGGGGAGAGACUAUGACAACGGAAGGUACUACACGCCAGCCAAUCAGAUCGCGGACCGCGGCAGCGAGCAGGAACAACAGCACAGCAACACCCAUACGCAAGUAAAUGUUUAAGGGUGGUUUACAAACCACAAUGUGAAAUAAAAAAUUGGUCCUGUCAAAAGAAUGAAUUGUGAGCAGUGUGUGUGUUCUAAAAAUAUAUAAUUAUAUAUAUACAGGGACUAUUAAUGAAUAAGUCUUGUUUUUUAUAUAAAUUAAUAACCAACCAACUACUUAUUAUUAACAUUGUAAAUAUAGGCUUAACUAGUUUAGUCUUAAUAAUACUUCUACACUAUAAUCAAACUAAAAUCAAACAAGUUAUAAUUUAAUCAAACUCUCACACAAUAACACAAACAAAACAAAACGAACUGAUGUAAUUUAAAUGUCGAAAUUUUAGUUAAAUUUUACAUUGUUAAGUUAGGUCCCAAUUAAAUACUAACAUAUCUUAAUGUUGUUACUUAAAAAACAAGGACUAAAAUCUUUGACAGGACGAUGCCUCCCACCUUUAUAUAUAUAUAUAUCAUACGUAUAACUACGUGUCAUAUUUUUACUUGAUGUAGACUAAUUGUGAACGUUAUAUAUACAGACUUUUGUCAAUUUAGACUAAAAAAAAUAUAUGGCUAAUAAUAAAUUGUUUGUUGUAA